AUGCCUCGAACUCGCUCAAAGAAACUUCUUGUUUUACUAGGUAUUCUACUCGGAAUCUUUCUUUUACAAUUUGUCUUAGUUGCUAUAUUGCCUGUGAACAACAAAACAACACCUGAAGUAAAUGUGAAUAAUGAGUUAUGUGUAACUCCAUAUUGUGUUAAAGCAGAAAAAUAUUUAAUUGAAAGCAUUGAUGAAACAGUUGACCCAUGUGAAGAUUUUUAUCACUUUGUUUGUGGAACAUGGAUUAAAAAUAAUCGAACACCUCAUGAUACAACUAACCUCGAUUUAUUGCAAACAAAAUUAGCCUAUAAUGUAGUUGAUAUAUUAACACUAUCAUCAACUAAUGACACAAACGAGCCAAAAGCAAUAAUCAACGCUCGUAUUUUAUAUUAUUCAUGUAUAGAUGAACAACAUAUUGAAGAUGAAGGUAUUAAUCCAAUACUGUCAUUGAUUAAUAAUGAAUUUGGUGGUUGGCCUAUUAUACAAAGUUCAUGGGACAAUUCAACUUUUGAUAUAUUAAAUCUUUUACUUAAAUUACGAAAAUAUCGGAAUAAAAUUAUAUUUAGUAUUGAGACAUCAAUUAAUAAUAAGAAUUCGACACAAUAUGUUCUUAGAAUUGGUGCAGGUGAUCUUGGAUUAGGUGAACGAGAAUAUUAUAUACAUAAAUCAAAAACUACUGUAGCUUAUCAACGAUAUAUAUUUGAUUUAGCAUCAUUAUUAUCAAAUGAUACAUUAACAAUCGAACAAGAUGUGAUUGAUAUGUAUAAAUUUGAAAGAAAAAUUGCGAAAUGUUAUCGGACAACUGGUGAACUGCGACGCCGAUCAAAUGUAGUAACUCGUACAACCGUUGGUAAACUAAAACAACUAUUGAAUACAAGUUUUGAUUUCACUAAUUAUUUAACUUCAGCUUACGCAUCAGCUAAUGUAACUCUCAUGGAUAAUGAUCUGGUCGUUGUAGGAGAACUCGAUUAUUUAUAUUGUGUUUCACCAAUUAUUGAAAAAGUGUCACCACGUAUAUUACAAAAUUAUGUUAUAUGGCGCUUUAUGAUGCCUCUAAUUGACACUUUACCAAAACGAUUUCGAAGCAUUAAAGACAAUUUUGAUCACGUAUUUCGUGGCACUACUACUGAACGAGCACGUACAGUUAUUUGUGGGAAUUAUGUAAAUAGUUUUAUGGGAUUCGCAGUAUCGAAACUUUAUAUAAAAAAAUAUUUUGAUGAUAAUGCUCGAAAUCAAUCGUAUGAACUGGUUGCUAAUAUUCGAAAAGCACUUAUUGAUAUGCUUGAUGAUUCGACAUGGAUGGAUAGUAUGGCAAAAACUAAAGCCAUAGAAAAAGCUUUAGCUAUUGAUGUACAAAUUGGAUAUCCAGACUACUUAGCUAGUGAUAAUGUUACACAGUUAGAAAUACAAUAUGCUGAUUAUGUCUUCGAUUUAUCUUUUAUCAAUAAUAUCUUAAAAUUACUUCCAAUAAAAGUCAAAGAAGAAUUUCAACUUCUUCGAAAACAUGUUGAUCGUAAAGCAUGGGAGGAUUGGCCACCGACUGUUGCUGGUGGUUACUAUUCACCAUUCAAAAAUCAAAUUAUUUUUCCAGCUGGUAUCCUACAAAAGCCUUUUUUUGAUAAAGAUGCCCCAAAAUAUUUGAAUUAUGGUGGUAUUGGAUCUGUUAUUGGACAUGAGAUAACACAUGGAUUUGAUGAUCGUGGUCGUAAGUUUGAUAAAGAUGGAAAUAAAAUUCCAUGGUGGACAGAUGAAACAAUAGAAACAUUUAUUGAACGUAAAACAUGUAUUGUUGAUCAAUAUAGUAAUUUUACUGUACCAAAUCUCAAUAUCCAUGCAAAUGGAGAUCAAACACAAGGUGAAGAUAUUGCUGAUAAUGGUGGAUUACGCGAAGCUUUUUAUGCGUAUCAAAAAUUCGUACAAGCUAAUCCAAAUGCUGAUAAAAGACUUAAGGAUCUUUCGAAGUAUUCACCUACACAAAUGUUUUUCAUUAAUUAUGCACAUAUAUCGUGUGCAAAAAUCACUGAUGCAUCUGCACGUGAUCGUGUUGAAUCCGGUGUUCAUUCAUUAGAACCAUUUAGAGUCAAUGGUCCCACAUCAAAUUUUGUUGAAUUUGAUCGAGCAUUCAAUUGUAAACCAGGUCAAGGAAAUAGUCGAGUGAAUAAAUGUACUGUAUGGUAA